CUUGAGUCACUACAAGUGAGACCGAUGAUAUAAGCGGUUUGGCCUCAAAUAGGGACCUUUCAAUUCUUGUCCCGGCACCACGAGCGCUCUCCUUUCUCUAUCAACUACUCAAGCCAGCGCUCUCAUCGAAUGGCUUUCAGCUACCAGACCCUACGGGAGUUGGAACUCCUUCCUCCAUCACACCCGGAUUUGGCUAUAACUGACACUUCUCAUAUUUCUCGUGGCAUGACACCUCUAUCCGAGAGCCAAAUAGCCGCGCUUACAGGGCUCUCUGACGUUCAAAAAAGCAAACGGUCAUUCACGGCUUCUGUCGAUUCGGAUUUACUCUCUGACCUCUUAUUGGCAUUGGACAAGGACCUAUCUCGUUCGACCGCCUUCGCAGAUCGGUAUGCAGAAUAUCAUGAUGCCGUCAAAGACCAGUAUAAUUGCUUACUCUCUUUGUACAAUAAUGAUAUGGAGCUGGACGAAUCCGAUGACGACAAUGACUCCAAAGGUGGUCGUGAGACUCAUCCCUAUAACAAACUCCCGGUUCCCCCUCCCGAAACGACGGUUUCAGAACCAACAGUGGACAGUUUAUCAAAAGUGAUGCUGGUACACGCAUCAAGUAUCGUCCUGGACUUUAUCCCUGAAUGUCGCCCUCAGUACAGGAACAGGGUGCCUUGCGGUAGCCUUCCUGGACUCCAGAUUGUUCCCAGCGCUACGCUCUCCUACCCGAAUCGCUCUUCAGCAGGUCGUGAGCUUAGUACUGUGAUCAAUGAAGGAGUGAACCCGUUACGCUUUUACCUAGCAGCAACCGAAUUAGUCGAGCGGCUCAACGGUGUCGGGUCAGUCCAGCUGGACUAUCCUGGUACCUUUACUAACAACCAGGAUAAUUGGUGGCUCCUCUUAAACAAGGGUGCGCUGUACUUAACCGAAGUGAACCUUACUGGAGCCAAUAUUUUGCUGUACUACUCUUGCAACGCAUUUCUUGUGCUAUGGCGGCAGCGCAACGAGUCAUCGCCAGAUCAUAUCUUUAUCAGCGACGUGAAGGGAAACUUUCGUGGAAACUCCCUUGAGCAGCAGUUCUACAGUGUUAGUGAUGCUGGUCUCCAGCGUGCUCGCACUGUAUUUCCAGAGCCGGAUGGUGGCUACCGGCCAUACCCCCACAUCCACGAUGUUUAUUUGGCGUUGACUAUCGUUGCUGCUCUGGCUGUCAAUCCCUCGUAUGCUGAGCAGUUUCCCUCGCUGGAAGCUUUUCGGAUUCAGCGUCGGACCCUACCACCUGCGAAGCCAUCGAGUGUAUAUGAUGUGCACGGACAAGAUAUAGAACUGUCAGAAUCUGAUGGUUCAUCGAUCGACACUCUGGCUUCGUCUCCUCAUGGUCCAGACUUGACUCGUGCAUUGGAGACCUCCAAUCAACUUCAUGGCGGCACGAGUGAACCGAUACAAGCCAGCCUAGUAUGGGGCGAUUAUGCUUCCAAGAACUGCAAGUUUUCGUGCCUCGUUCCGACCCUGGUUGGACGCGAUAUCGUCGUCCAGUCUGAGAUCCGAAGUAGUAUCGAUGGGUAUACCUACCUGGUCAACGUCCGCGGGCUUGAAAGAAGGCUCGUUUUGAAAGUCUUUCGGUUUGAUGCUUUUGCGCAGGCCGAGUUUAGUGCCUAUAUGGAUUUGAAGGCGUUGCAGGGUAGUAUUAUCCCAGCGUGCUAUGGCUUUGGGUACGAUCUUGACCUACCGUGGAUCCUUCUCGAGUAUAUCAACCCUCCUCCAUCGUUCAUAUCACUCUCCGAUCUCAAGCAGAUUAGCCGUCCCCAUAGAGGCAAGAUUAUCCAUGCUGUCAAGCUGCUUCAUCAGUUGGGGUACAGACACGGCGAGUUGCUUGAUGAUAAUAUCGUCUGGACUGUGGAUGAGGAUCCUGUUAUUAUUGAUCUUGUGGGUGCGAGGAAACAUCGUUGCGGGACUUCGUGUAGGGAGGUCGAAGAUGUGCGGCAGCAUCUUGGUUUGACGCACUAUGAUGCUGAGUUGUGGUCCCUUGUCGUUAGGCCGACUCGUGAACAAGAAGCUGGGAUGUUUGUUGGUGGAAAGCCGCGCAGUCCUCAGCUUGCUGAGGACAUUGAAGCCUAAGCAAUUUCUCUUUCGUUGCAUUGUAUUUGAUAUAAGAAUGGAGUUGUAUGUACUUAUCGUCGUUCUGCGGUUAUAGGUGGAAUACUACCUAUCUAUAUCGUCUUCGUGGUUGGUCUCCAUGAAAUGAUUAAUAUUUCAAUAUAGCGGAAGAGCGACUGGUGCAGACAUAACUGGCGAGGAUGUAAACCCUACUGAUGAAGAAGCUGCUAGCGCGCUGGUAGUUCCAUCCUGCAUGGCUUUCUAUUGCACUACGUCGUUCUCCGGGAAAGAGAGCCGUACUGAUCUAUUAUUACCCGUGUGGCACCGGAGCCAAUGAGGACUGCAUUCAAACA